AUGUUUCGCGCGGAGAGACAGCGCGCCCUAGCGUCUGCGGACUGUCGAGACACGCAACUAUGGCUUCUUGAAUGCUGCGAUGCCGCUCAGAGCGCAGGUACGCCUACGGUCCGUUGCGAGGCAUGGUCAAGUGAACGGCUACGAGCUUGGCCAAUAACGCUCCGAUCGACGGGUCCGGACCAGCCCAAGGUCAAGAUCAGACUAGCUGCGUGCAACGCAAUGCUGUUUGGCGAGCUCAGGCUGCACCUUUCGAGGGGCGAGUAUGAGGUCCUCGAAAAGGAGCUCGACCUGCAUCCGUGCACGCUGCCCUCGAUCGAGGUCAGAUACGGAGCGCUGGAGCAACAUGUCGAGUACAAAGACCCGACCCAGCCCAGCCGAGGCCUCCGCAAGCUUUAUUUCGUGCUGAAGCCUACGGGCAAGUACGAGAUAUUCAGCCACGGGCUCUCGUGCACGUACGAUUUCGAAACGGGCACGACGACGGGUAUGCUGUUCGGGGACGGCGUCACGUCCACGGCACGAUGCGUCGAAGAACCGUCGCUGGCGUUUGGGAUUCUGCAGGAUCUCCAAAGUCAUCUGGAGCAGUGCCCAGACCUGUGGUCGGAUCCCCUGCUCGUGCCCACGGUAUUUCUGGGAUUCCACCUGCGCAGGGUCAACGCGUACGUCUCGAGGUCUUUGACGGAGCAGAUCAUGAGGCUGGAGGACGAGCUGGGCGUGACACGCGUGGGACGUCGAGACAGCGAGCAAAACGUGCAGGCCCACAAGACGUUUAAUCGGCAUCGGCACGAGGAAGACCCUGAAGGUCCCAAGGGCUUACUUGGUAAGGAGAAGGCGAUGAGAUUGACGAUCCGCGUCAACACGCACCUCACCAGACUCCUGGUCGCGAAGCAGCUGCCGAUCUGGAAUUGCGAAGCGUCAAAGGCCAUCCUGCACUUCGUGCAAGAGCAUGGCGUAUAUCCACGACCAACUAGCCCCAAGGUCGUUGCGGAGCGCCUGAAAGCAAACCUGCACGUGGCCACGGGGUUGGACAGGAGCCUGGACUCGUUGCAGGCGCGGCUGAAUCUCCAGCUCAACGUGCUGUAUUCCUUCAUCGCGCAGACAGACAACCACCACGCUGCGCAGCUUGCUCGGCUCUCGGUCCAGCUGGCAGACAUGACGAGCCGCGACGGGGCAAGCAUGAAGAUCCUCGCUCUCAUCACGACGAUAUUCUUGCCAGGCACGUACGUGGCCACUCUGUUCUCCACGAGCAUGUUCAACUGGGCGGCCAAGGACGGCGAGGGCCUGCUGUCGGGCCACUUCUGGAUCUACUGGGCCGUUGCCGUGCCGUUGACGUUCGUGACGAUAUCCGGGUGGGCGCUCUGGUGGAGGAUUGAAACGCAGAGGUCCCGACGGGCGAGGGAUGACGCGUCACACGGUGCCAGCAUGAUAGGUCGGUAG